AUGACUGCUCCAUCUGCUCCAUGCGCCCAGGCUCCUCAACUCACCCGUCGUUGGGCAAAGAUUGUCGUUGAGAACCGUACAGGAUCACACUUUAAAAUUCAAGUUCUUCAUGAAUACACCGGGGAACAAACCAAUGAUUCUGGAUAUAUCGACUUCAAGCCAGAUGAUAGAAUCACUGUUUUCGAGAAGAUAUAUUAUAAUACCGGAUUCUUCACAACUGGAGUUGAUAACUGGAAGGUUCAUGGCACUAAAUUGAUCCAGGUCGAGACGGAAGGAACUAUUGCUAGAAAUAUCUUCGGCAAGUUCUUUGUCGACGGACUUCCAUACAGUACGGGGCAUGGAGCUUUUGCUAAAUGGAAGAAGCACACUUUAAGAGCUGAUGAUGAUGGACAGGAAACUGUGAUCAAGGUAUUUCAGACUGAGGUUCAGUUCAUUUCGCCAAGUGGACGAUCGGUUACCACUUUCAACACUCUUGGAGAAAACAUCCUCCCAUUCUCCCAAAACCCACAGAAGCAGUGA